AUGCCCGAUGUAUACAUCCUGAUAAUCGAUUCAGCGUCCUCUUUCAUGAUUAAAAGGUCGUUACCGAAGACAAUCGAAUAUCUCAGAGAAACCGUGGGUGGUGUCCAGAUGGAGUUUUUAAAUAAAGUUGGUGAUAACAGUCGACCAAACGGAUUUCCUCUUGCAUUUGGAAAAUCAAUAGAGGGAGGAAGCCGUGACUUGGUUGGUUUGCCGCCAUUGAUACCUGAUUGGAACGACACCGAAAAAUGCGGCGAAUACCUCGACCAGUUCUCGUAUCACUUGAAAGAGUACAAGGACAUGGGAUAUAAAAAUUUCCGUACAGUAUGCAAGCAAUUUGAGAGAGGUAAAUUGCAGACCAUGAUUGCGCAAGACUACGAUGUUGGAAUGGUCUAUUACCCGGAUUGCCUUGGCUUCAACAGGAGCGAAGCUGAUCACAUUUGGAGGCCAUUCGAUCUCCGUCAAAAAGAAUCGUCGAAUUUCAAGAAGAGCUUAUGGCAAUCCUGCAGUGAGCCCCAUCUGGAAAUGCUGGAUUAUAUGGAAAAGUUCAUGAACGCCUACCCGGGUCGUCCUGUUAAGGGACGCCUAAAAUGGCUCCAAAUAUGGCCGACGACACUGGCGCACGAAACGCUGAAAGAUCUAUACCACGCUGACGAACAUUUCCUCAGGUUUUUCCAGAGGAAUCGUGCCAUCAUCGACCGCUCCUUCCUCUUCUUCAUGGGUGAUCAUGGACCGCGAAGAGACGGUAGGAAUCGUGCCAUCAUCGACCGCUCCUUCCUCUUCUUCAUGGGUGAUCAUGGACCGCGAAGAGACGGUGCUCAGCGUCACCAUAUUUCUGUUCAGAUAGGCAAUCUCAGGCUCGGUCAGUAUGAAAACCUCAACCCUUUCCUUAUGGUAACUAUCCCUUCUGCUUACCGUAAUACUUCACUGCACCGACAUCUGAGGCAGAAGACGCUGGAGCUGAUGACAAAUUUCGAUAUUCACGCGACGCUUAUGGAUAUAUUGAAGGUUUGUGAGCAAUUUCGAUAUGCUAACGAAGGAGUGUCAACAGAUCAUCCUGAAGGAAGCAGUUGC